GAGGAGGAUAAGGCUGGCCAGCAACAGGAUGAGGCUUGCCAGCAAGAGGAUGAGGCGAACCUCCGACAGUCCAUCGGCGAACAGCUCUAUGUCCUCGUGCAGAACAUCGUGCGCGACGCUCCUGCCAAGCAGGUGCCCGCGUUCUUGGUGGCCCAGAAGAUCACCGGGAUGCUGCUCGAGUUGCCCGAACCGGAGCUUGCCCGCCCUGGGAGGGGGGCCCCGCCGGCAGAAAAGAGCUGGAGGAGCGCGUCGCCGAGGCCGCGCCGCACCUCCGCGCGCGCGCGGGCUUCGUGUGACCGCGCUGGGCCGCGUCACGGCCCGCGCGGCGGGGGCGGUACCGAGGAGCUCGGGCUGGGGCGUGGUCGGGGCCUGGCUGCCGCUGGCUCUCCACCCGCCCCAUCGGUCGACCACUCUGCGGCCCUGGCCCAGUUUAAACUCGCUCGCCGAGUCCAUGCAGAGGAGUUUGCUGCCGCCCGCCGUGGGCGAAGCUCAGAUCUACAUCGCGCUGCGGUUUGGUGCGCUGUAAUCGUGUUCAGCUCCUCUGGGCAUGGUCUCCGCCGCACAGUGUGGUUGCGGAUUUUCCUUACAGUAGAGGGCGAUGUACUUGUACAUGAGGACUCCUCGGAGCUGGCAGGCACGGGCGAGUCUAUCUGGCCGUGGAGCUUCUGCGCGAUGGAGUCGCUCUGCGCAUGCCCACUAGUCAUGGUACGAGGCAGGCAGAGGUGUGGCAGCGAUAUGUAUGGAUUGUUCUUAUGUUGCCAUGACCAAUCCAGGGUUCUGCGCCGCGGAGCGUGA